AUGUUUGAAGAACCACCACAACCACAACAACAGUUUAAUUUUCUGUUUCAACAGAAUUCGGUUAGGGGAUUACCUGUGAGGGACCAUGAGGAACUGUUUCAGCCAAAUGUGAACCCGUUUCAUAUCACGUCGUCUACACGAUUGCAGCAGACCGAACCGAUGUCAUGGCCGCAACAAAUGCAUCAGCAGCAGCAGCGGCAACAGCAGGUAAACCGAGCGGUGGGAGAGAAUGUUGGAAAUCAUGUGGGAGAGGAAAAUGUAGGGGUAGAAAGGGAAAUGAAUGAUGGGAAUGUGGAUGAGUCGCCUACGUUUUGGACUACGUGUCCUUAUUGUUUGAAUAUGUAUGAGCAUUAUAGGGCUUAUGUGGAUUGUAUACUGCGUUGUGAGAAUUGUAAAAGGGCGUUUCAGGCGGUGCAAAUACCGUCUCCGCCGGAUGUAGCUGAAGAUCAGGAGACGUAUUUUUGUUGUUGGGGGUAUUACCCGAUUGGGGUUUCGAUGAUGCAAUUGGGGAAACAGGUCGGUGAAGAUGGUACAGGUGUGAAGUCUGAUUGGAAUCCCUUUACAACUUUGAAUGAUGUUUCGAGUCAAGUCAAGGAACGGUUAAAUGAUAAUGUGGCGAAAAAGCCCAAACUUUGGGAGCCGUGGGUUUACAUAGAUGAUGUUACUGAUGAUAUCUUUGACGGGAUAUCUGAUGAAGAAUCUAGCGAUGAUUCGGAUGAUGAGUGGGGUAGUACCAAGAAAAGGAAGCCGAAAAAGAUAAAAAGGGUUGUUGGUCAUAAAAAGAAAGAAAGAUUUAUGGUGGGAAGGAAUGGUAAGAAUGCAGAAAAUAGUAUUCCGAUUCCAGAGGGCGAGGAAGAGCCUAUGGGACGUGGGGCCGAGGGUAGCAAAAAAGCAGUGGCUGGUAAUCCAAGAAGACAAUCGGGUCGGGUUGCAAAGGAAAUGGGGAAACUGGAUUUGAAUGUGGAGUUCAAUAACAAUGAAGGGGAAGAGCCUGUUCGACGCAUGGCUGCUGGGAAUCGAGGAAAUGGGCAGGGUGAUGAAAAUAAUGUUGAAGAAGGUAUUGGUUUCUUUGAAGGACUUGAUGAGUUUCUUAGCAACCUGCCAAUACUCUCUGUGAAUGAUGAAGAAAACGUUAAGGAUUCGUAA